AUGGAACUCGUCUCUCAGUUUACCGAAGAUGCUGUUGCCAAGGAGGACCGUGUCUGUGGUCGACCUGCUUGCCGCAGCACAAUACUCAAAGGCGCUCCAUGCUAUUAUGUUGCCACCAUUGUGCCUGGCCAACCUGGUCGCUUCGUUUGUGAAGCAUGUUACUUGCGAUACUCACAGAAGCUUUCAACUUCGGUCCGACCCUCUUCAGUCCGCCCUUCUUCCGCACAAUCACAGUUACUUCCAAAUCCUCAUAUCAUACGCCAGACCGUGAAUGCAGCACAACGCAAGUCAACUAUCAAUCCACCCCGUGUAGUACCCUUCUUGUCUCAGCCCUCCAGUAGCACUGCGCACAUAGGCCGCAUUUCAGGCCCAGAUAUCGCUGUGCCUCUAUCAUGGCAACAAUCGCCGGCUAGUUCCAACCCGAACAUGGUAUCUGGUGCUGCAGGGUAUUCUGUGCACCAUGCUCAGUAUGGUCUGGAGCGUGAACGAUGGGCUAAAUUGGCAUAUGCUCCGCCCCCUGCAGAGACCAUCACAUUAGAGAUAUCAGCUGUAUACGAGGGAAAUUCACGGAAGAAAAGUGGGCGCGGCAUUAACUUUGGGAAUAUUUGUGAAGGAAAGAAGGACAUCGAUGCUCGCUUGGACGCCCCUGGGCUUAUACAAAUCGCUUUAGAUACUAUUCUACCGAAAAUCCUCACAUUUGGAAGGGGAUUUCCUUGGCGCACAGAAGAAUUUGUUGUCCGGGAUGCUACCUGGGUUGACCUAUCCGGACAUUUGCCUGCCAUUCCGUACUUCUUAGCUCAGUGCUUAGUCCAAUCUCGACGCGGACCAAAGACGACAACUUUCAAGACCAAGCAAUUCUUACUCAUGGUUGUUGUGCCUGCAGCGCAGUGGAGUGAGUAUGAGGCAUGGCUGGAUAAAACUGAAGAAGAAAUUUCUCAGAAUAUCUUGCGUGAACAGCUCCAACGACACAGAUCUAUCAUUACUGUUACUGAAGAACGAGACCCUCGAACUUCCGGCACCAACUCAGAUGACCCAUGGGCCGCACAACAAGAGGAUGAAGACCCAUUUGGUCUUGACUUCGAAGGACCAGAUGCCUUAUCUACUGUGGGACGUAAUUCCACUGUUACUGACAGCUCAGCACAUAAUCCGACACGUCCAUCAGCAAAGCGGGCUCAUGUUCGCAGAGAGAGCGACUCCACAAAUAGUACUGUGUCACCUCCUCGCAAGAAGCCAGCACCUGGUGUAUUCCACCUUCCUGACCGUAAUGAUUUGAAAGAGGCCUUGAAAAGUGGAGGUAGUGUAGAUGCUGUGCGUGCACCUAAAGUUUAUGACUUCCGCAAUGAGGACAUUCAAUUCCAUCCAAUCCCUGUGCGCCCACUAGCCGAUAUCUUGAAGACUCCUCACAUGAUCGGUAUCGGUGCCUUUAAGACAGCUCAUCCAGGGUGGCUCACGCUAUCUCCCCUAUCCUCCAGUGGCCUUGGGUCGCGUGCUCAGCAGGAUGUUGUUGUCAAGCGGCCAUUUCACAGACCUCCCCCUCACACCCCUGGAUCCAGCAUCCUCAAGAUUUCACGUUACGCACUACCAGAUGAGCAUGAAAAACUCCUCAAUGAAUGUAACUUGUUGUACUGGGCAAAAUCUCUCCUUGACUUCACUUACGAAUACAUCGAUCACUGUAUCAAUGCCGCACCAACUCUGCCAUCUUUUCCAAUACCCCGUGUGCGUUUCGUGGAAGCGGGCAUUGCUUUGGCGUUUUCUCGACACUCGUCAAACACUCAGGGCACCUCCGAACAAGCUCCCAUGGCAGACAUUAAGGCGGGGAUGUUUUCGGCGACAUUCGUGAAGUUCAUCCACAACAAGGACUACGGACCUUCACUUGAUGAGGAUGAAUACGGCUAUGACCUAGCCGUCUUUCUCUCGUUUACUCAGCACAUCCAGUAUGAAAAGACAGAGGGUCUGGCGUUCAUUUCUGAUUAUCAAGGCAGCACCGAGCUUCUGACUGAUCCUCAGAUUUUGACCCACCGCUCAGUCAAUGAAGGAAUUGAUCUUUUCGGUGACGGGAACAUUGCAAGUGUGGUGGACGACUUUAAGGCAAGGCACCUCUGUAACCACUAUUGCAAGUGGCCAGGAUUUGAGUUGGAAGUAUAUGCUUAG